AUGGAAGCCUUUACCUUUGCAUUAUCAACUCAGAUUGACCUUCCAUUCUGGAUCAAAAUCGGCUCCUUAGAGGGCAAGCAGAAACAAAUCCCGUUCUCCCGGCUUGUACAGAACCCGCAAUUGCGAUAUCUCGGAUCAACUCAGAGUCCUACCUCGGAUCUCUUUGUGACUGCGCAGCUAUGGUCCGAUUCAAAGCCCUUGGGGGUACCAUUGCAGACAGCCUACAAGGCAUUCAAAUCUAGUCGAGUAUGGAACGAAUGGCUUCAAAUGCCCGUGUCGAUCAAGGAUGUCCCGCUUAAUACUCAAAUCGCUAUCACUGUUUGGGAUUUGUCGCCACUUGCGGGGGAUGGGAGUCCAGGGCAUGAUGUGCCAUUUGGUGGCACCACCAUAUCAUUAUUCGACUCGGAAGGGAAACUUCGAAUGGGUCGCCAAAAAUGCAAGAUACAUCGCCAUAAAGCUGCUGAUGGAUUUGCUUCAACAAUGACACCAAGUCUGCAGGCGUCGAAGCGACGGAAACAGACAGGCGGCGCGACAAAUGCCAUUGAGCAGUCUCCAGCCGAGGUAGAACUGGAACGCAUCGAAGUCUUGAUCAAAAAGCACGAAAUGGGCGAAAUCACUCGCAUCGACUGGAUGGAUCAAAUGGUAUUCCGUCAACUUGAAAAACUCAAGAUCCAAGCCGAGGAAGCCGCUCGCAAAAGAGCCAUUGCAAUGAAAGCUUCACGGCAACGACGUGGCAGCGCUGCAGGAAAUGGCGAUGAAAGUUCUGGAGACGAAGAUAUUGAUGAUGAAAAUUUUGUGCUAUAUGUGGAAUUUCCACGAUAUGAUCACCCAGUGGUGUGGGCUGAUCACCAGUACCCACCUCCCCCGGUCUCGUCUUAUCCUCAAAAUGCUUCCAAUCACUCAUCGUCGGCAUUGAAGCCAGUUCCUGAGGUUCGUUUCGGUCCUGGAAUCGAAGGGGCUGGUGGUGCCGGCGUCAUUCGAAUCUAUGAUCCAGAGGUUGGGCAAGGGGGUAAUCCUUGCGAAGACAAACACCGAAGAUUGAUUCGUAGUCAUCGAACUGGCUUCAUGGAUCGAGACUUGAAACCCAAUCCAAAAAAUCGAGAUGAACUCAAUGUGAUUCUCUCUUAUGAGCCAACGCAGAAUCUGACGGCCGAGGAGAAAGACCUUAUAUGGCGAUUCAGGUACUACCUGACACGAGAGAAGAGAGCUUUGACCAAAUUCGUCAAGUCGGUCAACUGGCGCGACGAGGGUGAGUCUCGGCAGGCUGUGGAUAUCUUGCCGAAAUGGACGGAGAUCGACGUGGACGAUGCAUUGGAGCUUCUCGGCCCAACUUUUGACAACCCGGCCGUACGCUCUUAUGCAGUUGCACGACUACGUAAAGCAGAUGAUGAUGAGCUUCUCUUGUACCUCCUGCAGUUGGUACAAGCCUUGAAGUACGAGGAGACCUCCGAAAACGAGUCAGAGGAGCCAGCACACGACUCAUCGCUGGCCAACUUCCUUGUCACCCGUGCCGCAUCCAAUUUCAAACUUGGAAACUCUUUGCAUUGGUACCUCAUGGUUGAAUGUGACGAUCCCGGCCCAGGAACACUAUCCAAUCAACGCAGGCUCUUCGCACGGGUCGAAUACUAUUUCAUGGCGGAGCUUGAAAAGAUUCACGCCGAGCAUAGAAAGACGCUUCUUCGUCAGGGCGAGAUGAUUACAGUCCUUUCGAAGAUUGCAAAAGAUAUCCGCUUUUCCAGAGAGACCCGACCAGCCAAAAUCGAGAAAUUGAAGAAAGCUCUUCGUGAUCCUAAGAACGAACUGCUGCAAAUCGACCCUCCCCUUCCACUUCCGCUUGAUCCCGAUGUUUCAGUUGUGGGAUGCUAUCCGGAUGAGGCCAACGUGUUCAAGUCAACCUUAUCUCCGCUGAACAUCACUUUCAAAACGAGUGAUGGGAAACGCUACCCGCUCCUUUUCAAAGUUGGCGAUGACCUCCGUCAGGAUCAGCUGGUCAUUCAAAUCAUCAUCCUCAUGGACCGGCUUUUACAGAAAGAGAACCUGGAUCUCAAGUUGACCCCGUACCGCAUUCUAGCGACCAGCUCCACGGCUGGCGCCGUUCAGUUCAUUCCAUCUACUUCACUCUCAGCGGCCUCUGCCAAGUACAAGUCUAUUCUGACGUAUUUGAAAGAGCAUAAUCCCGAUGAGAAUGAGCCGCUUGGCGUGCGGAAAGACACCAUGGACACAUAUAUCAAGUCCUGUGCUGGCUAUUGUGUGAUCACGUAUCUACUAGGUGUUGGAGAUCGCCACUUGGAGAACUUGCUUCUGGCCCCGGAUGGCCAUUUCUUCCAUGCCGACUUCGGAUUCAUUCUCGGCCGUGAUCCCAAACCGUUUGCCCCGAUGAUGAAGCUGUGCAAAGAGAUGGUUGAAGGAAUGGGUGGCACUACUUCACCACAUUACCUACAAUUCAAGCAAUACUGCUAUACUGCUUACACGACUCUGCGGAAGUCCGCGAACCUUAUCUUGAACCUGUUCAGUCUGAUGGUUGACGCCAAUAUUCCAGACAUCAGAGUUGAGCCUGAUAAAGCCGUGUUGAAGGUCAAAGAGCGCUUCCAUCUCGAAAUGACCGAAGAGGAGGCCAUACGGCACUUCGAACAGCUCAUUGGUGACAGUGUCAAUGCCAUAUUCGGCGUAGUCAUUGAUCGCCUUCAUGAAUUCGUUCAAGGAUGGAGAGCUUGA